CCCCAUCCCCUCGGGCCACCCUCUCUCGAGCUGGAGACUCCUAGCUCCCCUUCGGCUCACAGUCCGGUAACAGAGGGACACUGGAAUGGACACGGAAGGGAGUCAAAGCAGCCUGUCGUCCUCCGCGCAGGACUCCCCGCACGACCCCUGCAAAAUGUUCAUCGGCGGCUUGAGUUGGCAGACGACACAAGAGGGGCUGAAUGAGUACUUCUGUAAAUUCGGAGAGGUGAAGGAGUGUAUGGUGAUGCGAGAUCCGGUUACAAAGCGAUCGAGGGGGUUUGGAUUUGUCACCUACAUGGAUCAGACUGGCGUGGAUAACGUUUUGGCACAGAACAGACACGAGCUGGAUUCGAAAACAAUCGACCCAAAAGUUGCUUUCCCACGCAGAGCUCAACCCAAGUUGGUGACAAGAACCAAGAAGAUUUUUGUAGGAGGACUUUCGGUGAACACCACCAUUGAAGAUGUGAAGCAGUAUUUUGAUCAGUUUGGAAAAGUUGAUGACGCAAUGCUAAUGUUUGACAAAACCACCAACAGGCACAGAGGGUUUGGCUUUGUGACCUUUGAGAAUGAAGAUGUUGUUGAGAAGGUCUGUGAGAUUCACUUCCAUGAGAUUAACAACAAGAUGGUUGAGUGUAAAAAAGCACAGCCGAAGGAAGUGAUGUCACCCACAGGGACGGCACGCGGGCGCUCCAGGGUGAUGCCCUAUGGGAUGGAUGCCUUCAUGCUGGGAAUUGGGAUGCUGGGUUACCCAGGGUUCCAGACGGCCACAUACACCAGCCGUGGAUACACCGGAUUAACUCCAGGAUACACUUAUCAGUUCCCAGAAUUCCAUUUAGAGCGAACGCCUCUGCUGACGUCCUCACAUCCACCUGAGAUCACAGCCAUUCCACUGACGGCAUACGGACCAAUGGCAGCGGCCGCAGCUGCGUCGCUGGUCAGAGGCUCCACCCCCUCACGUCCCACUGGCUUCCUGGGCACCAGCAGCCCCGGGCCAAUGGCAGAGCUGUAUGCAGCAGCCAAUCAGGAUUCAGGUGUCGGCAGCUAUAUCAGCGCGGCAAGCCCCGCCCCCAGUACAGGGUUUGGACAUGGACUUGGGGGUCCAUUGAUUGCGACGGCCUUUACCAACGGCUACCAUUGAGUGCCCUUAACUCGGAAGUGUCGCCAUGACGACGACGUGAUGAUGAUGAUGUAAUGUGCUCAUGAGCAUCUGCAGUCUCUCACAUUUCAUUUUCUCUACUAACAUCACCAUCGGUUUCCCUCACACUCGUGCACGUAUGUUGUUUCUUCAGUCAGGCGUUUCUGAUGUGCUCUUGAAACAAAAGAUGAAGAAAAUUUGUCACAUUAAUACCGUUUCGAUUGUACACGGGGAAACAUGCAAGGAAUUUUAUACCCCCAGAGUUUUUAUUUGAUGAGUUUUCUGUUGUUUUUUCUGAAUGUGUUUUUAUGUUUUUAUUGUACUAAUGCUGUAAUGUAUGGAGUGAGAGAGAGAGAGAAAGAGAGAGAGCAGAUCUCUUAAUGUUUAAGCAUUAACUAAUCUAAAUAACCACGAACAAAUACUUAGGAGUCAUUUACACUAAACAAAAUCAAAACGACAGGACUGAAAUGUAUAUUUUGUUAGUUUUUUUAAAUAACAGCAUUGGUAAUAUUAUUAUAAACUGAAUGUGGUUUAUAUUUGUUUUUAAGUGGUUUUUACAAUGAUCUUGAAUGAUGAAAUGAUCAGAAGUCAUUCAUAAAGUCAUUCAUAUGUAUACAGUUUUAUGUGUAAUGACUUUGAAUGAUUUGUGUUUCAUGAUUUCGGCUCACUGUUUGUCUGUAGAUACUGUACAUAUUGCAUGGAUUUUGGGAGGGAUCGUCGAACGUUGGGGGGGAUUGAGGGGUCAUUUAUUGGUUUUUAUCGGACAAAAACUUUCUUCACAUUGAAUGGUCUUUUUCUGACAUUAUUUUCAUCAUUGGUCUGAUCUUCUUUGUUCCAAAAUCUUGUGAGCGGCCUACAUAAGAAGCAUUGUAGCUAAGCUUCAACCUCAAACAUUGUUAUUCUGCAUUUUAAAGACCCCAUGAAAUCAAAACAGACUUUUUUAAAUUCAUGUGCCCUCACAAAUUUUAAUCAAAAUCUGAAAAUUCCCCUCUUGUGGCAAUCCUAUUCUGAUGGCUUGGGCGUAGCUUUUGUUAACCCCGCCCCUGCCAACUGUCUGUGUGUUCCAUUACUGAAUGAAACACCUUCUUUUCUGUAUCCAAUCAAUUAAUAGUGGAAAAACAAGCCACGCCCACUCAUGUGAUAUUUUGUUUCACUAAAAAAACGUCAAAAUACAGAAGUAAAUUUGGUCGCGACUUCUGUUCAUGAGGACUUUAAAGUACCUACUUUCUUCAAAAUUCAAAAACAGAUACACUGAAAAAAUUAUUCAUUCAAUUUAUUUAAAUUUUUUAAGGUAAGUGUUCGCAAUCAAUUUAUUUACGCUACAUUUAAACAAAAAAAAUUAGAAAAACAAAACUUUUGUUUAAAGGUGCAUUGUGUAAUUUUUAGAAAAAUCUCUUGGCAGAAAUGCAAAAUAAUAUACAAAACUAAAUAAAAAUCAGGGGUGUAUAAAGACCUUUCAUAAUGAACCGUUAUGUUUUUAUUACCUUAGAAAGAGACGUUUUAUUUACAUACACAGAGGGUCCCCUUACAUGUAAGCCGCCAUAUUGUGCAGCCAUUUUUCUACAGAAGCCCUUAACGGACAAACUUUUUUACUAAACCAACUAUGACAUGUUUUUCCGGUGGCGGCUAACGUAGCUUCUCUAUGUGUUUCAAAAGCAAGAGGUAAGCAGUGGACUGAGCCUUUGGUUGCAAUUCGCAACCUCACCACUAGAUGCCCCUAAAAUUUACACACUGCACCUUUAAAUGUAGCUUAAAUAAAUUGAUUUGUGACCACUUACCUUAAAUUUAGUAAGUUGAAUGAAUAAUUUUUUUCCAUGUGUACUACAUGUAAACUUUCCAGAGAAGGCAAUCUCAUAAUGCACUGCGAUAAGGUAAAAUGCUCAAUAUAUAUCUUCUGAAUAUAUAUUAUUCAGAAAUUAUUGCUAAUAAUAAGUUUGUCACAGUAAAAAGGUGCAGUUUGUGUAAAAGAUUAGAAAUCAAUCAAGUUUCAUUAAGAUGUUAAACUAUUAGAUCACAAGGUUUUGGAACAAAGAGCUGAAGUAACUGUUAGAAGUCUUAUAAAUGAACUGUUUUGAGUUUUAAAUGUGUGCAUUAAAGUGUGUUUGUUACUUUGUGCAUGUGACACAAAAUACAACGUAUAGAAAGUAUUUUGUAGAAUUAAGAUGACAAGCAGUUCAUUUCUUUCUGGACUCAUGAGCUCACAAUCUUCCUAUAAACUGUACGCAGGUUUGAUAUUUUCUUCUUUCAUUGUACAAAGUACUUUAGUUUUCAGGGUUUUAUAUGAACGCCCGUGCUUGUGAAAACUGUGUUUUUAAUGUUUGCUAUCAUUUAUGAGGCGAUUACGCACAUCAGAGAAAAAUCUGCUUGUGUUAACCUAAAAGAACAAAAGAUUUCUCCCUUUUAUUUGGGAAAAAAAACAGGCGACACUGAAAUUAAUUUGUGUAGCCUCAGUGGAGGUCACGGCUGCUAGGGAUCUCCUCAUGCUGUUUGGACAUAUAUAUUAUAUAUAUAAUGUUUUGUGUGAUGUACUGCUAUUGUAAAUUCUCUCUUUCCCUCGCUCUCAUUUUUAAUUUUUUGAUUGUACAAUGCUGUUUAAAAAAAUGAAGGACAGAUUUACAAAGCAAAGUAGUCGGAGCGCUGUUACAUCUCAAUUCUGGUCCUGUUUUUGUCUUUUCUGGUGUUUGUUUUCCUGUGUACAUGCGUGCUUGUGUUAGGAGGCGAGUGCGCUUUGUAAUGUACACGUGUCAGUGUGCAUCCAUAUUUUGAUGUACACGUGAUUUAGUUUACAUGCAUUUAACUGCCACCUGUUAAACUGUCUCAUCUUUGUCAUUGAUGGAGAUAUUACUGCUCUAAUAGAGGCCUUCAGAUAACAUCCAGAUAUUUCACUCUCAUGACACUCCAAACUUUUAAGAGCAAUGUUUUGCAUUUGCUAAUUUGGUGUGAUUUGUAUGUUUCUAUAGAUUUGAAUGUGCAGUCUUCCAUUAGACACGUGUAGCCUCUUUUUUAAAGCGGUGGUCACCUCGAAAACCAAACCUCUCCGACCGACAGGGACAUCUCACGAAACUACUGCGCGGCACACACUGUAACUAUUUAAACAACGAAAGCAAUAAGUUAUUUUAUAAACUCGAGUAAUAACCAAUGCCGUUCACGGUGGUACGAGUAUGACGGCGAUUGUGGCAUUAAGAAUUAUUUUUCAGAAAAGAAGCUAUAUUUUUCAAAACCCGUUUUAAGCCCUUGAGAGUUUCUCAGAUUUUUACAGUGAAUCAUGUUAUGAUGUCUGUUUGGAUGUUUUGUAAACGGGGCGGGGCUUUGGGAUCAGUAACAGAACUGGAAAGCAUCAGUGGGCGGCGCUUUGGAGAAAUGCGUCAACACUGUGACCUGAUGCUCAAACUCACUGAUCCGCUCUUCCCUUUACUGUAUUUUUUAUUUUACACCUCUGGAAAUUUUCAAAUUAAAAGAUCCUAAUAAAUUAUUUUAAAACAUUCCAGUC